UAACAACUAGCCAGCUAACUUACACACACAAACACAUAGGAUACAAAAAAACGAUUAUAAAGUAGCUAGCGUUCCCUUCGCAAACUUCAGAGGAAAAGUCAACACAUUAUUUUUUACCUGUUAUCCAGCAGUGGGUUUCAUCUUUAAAGACUGUUGUCCGCCAAACGUCUGGUGUAGGAAGGAAAAGUUUUUGACAGCUUCUUUCUUGAAAUGACAGUCUGCCGCAUCUCAUUGGAGUCUUGGUGGUGAUUCUCCCCCUUCACCGUCUUUCUCCACUAACGUUACACCACUGUGAGCUGCGUCUCCAUCCUGUCACCUCUGUGAAGUGUCAGGUCGUGCUGCAUUAAUAACGCAGUCUGACCGGAGUGCUUUCCCCCGGCUUCACCCCACCGAGCCCGGGCAUCAUGAGAACCUGGAGGCGGCGGAAGAACUUUGCUUUUCUGAUCUUCGCUCUCCGCGUCUGGUGCCUGUCCACGGCAACAGACAAUGCUGACAACACGGUUUACAAUAUACAGGAGGGAAGUAGUCCAGACAAGGCUAAACAGCGAGGGGAAGCGACCAAACCAGAACGCUAUGGGACCACCGUACCUCUGCUGCUGAAGGGCAAGGAACGAAGACCUCUCUGCCAGCUCACGGCCGGGAGUUAUCCUGCGUCACUCCAGCUGCUGGUACGUGUGGAAGGUGAACAGCUGAUCCUGUUGUUGGAGAAAAAUGAGGGUCUUUUUGCAAGCCAUUACACUGAGACACAUUACCAGGAGGAUGGAAGUGCAGUCACCAGUGCUCACAACUUCACGAAUAACUGCUACUACCAUGGGGAAGUGCAGGCACAUCCAGACUCUGAUGUCACACUCAGCACCUGCUCAGGCCUUCGAGGCUUCAUUGUGCUUGAAAACAAGACAUUUAUCAUUGAGCCGGUGUCUGGUCAUGACACCGGUGCCCACUUCAUCUACCGAGUGGAAGAACUCAGACUGACCCCAGGAGCCUGCGGCCAUGGCUUCAACAUGUCCUCUGUUGCCCCUGAAAACCACAUCAAAAGCCCCUUCCAAUCCUUCCACAUGAGGCAUAAAAGGCAUGCUCAGAAGACAACCAAGUACGUUGAGCUGAUCAUUGUUGCAGACAACAGAGAGUUUCAGAAACAGGGGAGGGACGUGGAGAAGGUGAAACAGAGACUGGCAGAGAUAGCCAAUUACGUGGACAAGUUCUACAGGGCUCUGGACAUCCGGGUGGCCCUGGUGGGUCUGGAGGUGUGGAGUGACUCUGAUAAAUGUCCCAUCACCCAGGAUCCCUUCACCACCCUGCACGAGUUCCUAGACUGGAGGAAAGUCAAACUGCUGCCCCAGAAACCUCACGACAAUGCUCAGCUCAUAAGCGGGGUUUACUUCCAGGGCACCACUAUUGGCAUGGCGCCCAUUAUGAGCAUGUGCACAGCUGAGCAGUCUGGAGGCAUUGUCAUGGAUCACUCUGAGAACCCACUGGGUGCAGCUGUGACUUUGGCACACGAGCUGGGACACAAUUUUGGCAUGAACCACGACACCCCAGAACGUGGCUGUGGCUGCAGGAUGACCGUUGAUCGUGGAGGCUGCAUCAUGACUCCGUCCACAGGGUAUCCAUUCCCAACAGUGUUCAGUACAUGCAGUAAGAAGGACCUUGCUGCCAGUCUGGAGAAAGGCGUGGGCAUGUGUUUGUACAACAUGCCCGAGGUCAAGGUGCUCUAUGGUGGCCAGAAGUGUGGCAAUGGCUACGUGGAGGAGGGAGAAGAGUGUGAUUGCGGGGAACCAGAGGAAUGUAUGAACCCAUGCUGCAACGCCACCACAUGCACUCUUAAGGGGGAUGCCGUUUGCGCCCACGGACAGUGCUGUGAAGACUGCAGGCUGAAACUGGCUGGCACCUUGUGUCGCGAGUCCAGUAACUCCUGUGACCUGCCAGAAUUCUGUACUGGUGCCAACCCUCACUGCCCAGCCAACGUUUAUCUGCAUGAUGGGCACGCCUGCCACAGCGUUGAAGGCUACUGCUACAACGGCAUCUGCCAGACUCAUGAGCAACAAUGCAUCACCCUGUGGGGAGCAGGAGCCAAGCCUGCCCCUGGGAUAUGCUUUGAGCGAGUCAACUCUGCAGGGGAUCCUUAUGGGAAUUGUGGAAAGGACUCCAAAGGCUCCUUUGCCAAAUGUGAUGCGAGGGAUGCAAAGUGUGGUAAAAUUCAGUGCCAGGGAGGAGCAAACCGGCCUGUGAUCGGAACAAAUGCGGUUUCCAUUGAAACCAACAUCCCACUGCAAGAAGGAGGGCGUAUUCUGUGUCGAGGAACACAUGUUUACUUGGGUGAUGACAUGCCUGAUCCUGGACUGGUUCUGGCUGGUACAAAGUGUGGAGACGGCAUGGUGUGCCUGAAUCGGCAAUGCCAGAAUGUCAGUGUCUUUGGUGUGCAUGAGUGCUCUGGGAAAUGCAAUGGACGUGGGGUGUGCAACAAUAAGAAGAACUGCCAUUGUGAAGCACACUGGGCCCCUCCGUUCUGUGAGAAAGCAGGCUUCGGUGGGAGCAUUGACAGCGGGCCAAUGAGACUGGCAGAUGUGCGUGUGUGUGUAUUAAUGUGUGUGUUGUCAUAUAUGGCAUCAGCCGACAGUGUGGUCAUUACUGUGGCAAUCCUGGUUACCCUGGUCAGCCUUCUGGUAACCACCGUGAUCAUCUUUCUGAAGAGGAAGACUCUGCUGCGCCUCCUCUUCACCAAUAAGAAGAGCACCUUGGAGAAACUCAGAUCUGUGGAGGCCAGCAGGCCAACCAGCCCCAUCAGGACUCAGUCCAUGUACAGGCCCACACCACAACGCAAGCCUCCACCCAAACCCUCUGGAGCCAAUAUUUAUAAGCCAUCUCUCCUGAGUGCGGAGCCUCUUCUCCCUCCACACAACUUCCACUCUCACAGCCUGCGUAGACUGCCCCUCUACCAGCCCCUGCACAUCAGCCAGCCCAUGCCGGCGUCUCUGAGUGUGGGCCAGCCCACCCUGCCUCCUCUCCCAGCCCACCACAGGGUCCUGCCUGCCGACACUUCCCUCUCACCACCUCGAGUGCCACCUUUUCUCAGUCUGCCACGCCAGCAGUCAUCGUACAAAGUUGACCAGGACUUUGAGAAACCCAGUCCACCCCAGAAGCCCCUACCUGCAGACCCACUAGGGAGGAGCACUCGGCUGGGUCACAGGGCCACAGCAGCGGGGGUCCACAUCCCCGGAACUGGACCUCUCCCCAUACCUAUCCCGACUGUGCCCAGACCUCCACCCACCAUCCCUUUACCCAGCAGACCUGUGCCCGUGUUGCCCUACAGACCACCAAAGACUCAUAAGGACUGCUGAGCUCUUGACGUCAUUAACGAGUAGAUCUCCCACCAACAGACGGAGACUUUCUUGAUUUGCACUAAUUACUGAGACUCUGUAAGACCUUUUGGACACUUGGAAGCAUCACAGAGUUUCUAGUGAAAGGGGGCUAACAUCACACCUCGGUGCUACGCCUCUAAAAGGUGCUUUGUCGUCCUCACUCAGGUACCAAUGAACUAUUUAUCUAUUUAACUAUUUAACUUCGAUAUUACCAGUUUGUGCACAGAGCACUCUGAUCAAGAGUGACUUUUCCCACAGCAAGUUUAGAAAAGAAGGAAACAUGGUAUAAUUUAGAAUAUUUCUUUUGCAUUGGGUGAUUUUUAUACUUUUUUUCUCAAAUGAAAUGCUGAAAUGUUUUUAUAACCAGUGAAGUUGCUUGAAUAAUUGAAGCGCAAAAAAGUUUUGUUUUUUGGAGUAAAAUGAAGAUAAAGGGAAAUGGAGCACAACUCAGCAAGUUGUCGGUGUAGCUUCUGGGCCGUAGAGCAGUGUUAUUUCUUCAGUUUUUCAUAUUUUUAUUCUGUAUUCAAUACCAAAUACAUAUUUUCUAUCCAUGUCGCCACGGUGCUACGAAGUAAAUAUUAAUCAAAUCUUUUUUUUUUUAUUAAAUACAGUGGACUCAUAUUAAAGCCGGACUACAUUUUUAUGGGAUUCAUCCGAUCAGCUCAUUUUACAGUCUCACAGUCAGGCUCCUUUAUUCCCUUUCGCAGUAAAGUACAAACAGGAAAAGUACUUUUCACACAUUUCAGACUGGCUCUGACACAACGCUCAGGGCAUGUGUUGGACGCUCAACAUGUUCUCCUGUUACUGGCAGACGCUGCAGAGGCUCAACAGAUUUGACAGACUGAUUGUGUUCCAGAGAAUUACACCAACACCAAAUAAUUCAACAUAACAAACAUUAACUCUGGUGUUUGUAUGUUUAACAUUCACGCUCACUUCGUCCUAGUGUGUGCGAGCCAAGAAGAAUGACUUCAGCGCUGUGAGCUUUCCAAGCUCCUCCUCGACUGUGUCCGACAAAAUGUUUUACCGUAUCUGUCCAGUCUUUUAUUUUUGUUGUUUUUUUUGUUUUGCCUUCAUAACAUUCCAUUUGGAUUUUUUAUGGCUUCUUGAACUCUGAGAUUAUUCAUGCAUUCGCAGCAUCGUUCAUUAGAUUCAGAGCCGUUGCACUUUGAGUUAGGCAAUUUCCUUGAUGUUAUUUGUUGUUGACUUGCUGUUAUACAAGGAGGAAUUCAACUGUUAAAAACUUAACAGCGCAGUUCUUUGUGUCUGUGUUCAUUCUGGAUAAAGCAUUUUAUAUUUGUAGUGUAUCCAAAUGCAGUGCUUGUCUUCUCACCACUGCAGAAUGAUUGAAGUUGGUAAAGCCCUGCAGACCUGCGUUGCAUUCAUGUACAAAAGUGUGCAAGCAAUGCUUUUUCUUGUUUUGGAAGAGUUCAGAUGUGUUGACAGUAAGAGUAACUGCUCUUCGCUGGAAAAUAUUUGUCAGUGCUGUAUCAAUUAGUCGUUAAAUGUUUAUGCCAUUUGUAAAUGCUAAAUGUACUGUGUUUAUUUGCAUAACUGUAACAUGUUUAAAAGCCAUUGUAAAGUGUAAAUAUUGUAUGUCACUUAUCCUUUCUCUUCCUUUUUUUUGUUCUUUUUUACAAGCACAGUAAUAUAAGAACUGCUUUGAGGCUGUGCCCCAUUAAUACUGGGUGUUGAAAAAUUUUUUUCAACCUAUAACUUAAUGGCCAGAGACAAAUGUUUCAGGAUAACAUUUAAACUGAGAGAUUUUAUUGAUGAAAUCAGAGCCAAAUAAAAGUUCCUUUAUGACUGUUA